ACUAAAUAAAAAAAAACAUUCUUAAAAAGCUAUAAAAUUAAUAUAUGUGUCUAUACCACUGAUCAUUUAUAUAGAUCGGUGGUCUAUACAUGAAUAUUAAAUAUGCUGUCUGAAAAUCAAAAUCUUCAAAAUAAGCCAGAUCAGAGCAUUCUGCCUCCGUCACGGCAGUGAGAGGCUGUCAUUGGUGAUGUUCUGAUGUGAACCCUGCACGCUGGCCCCACAUAACAAGUACAUUAAUACUUUGUGUCCUCCGUCCUUGCGUCUUUCCUCGCUUGCAUCCAAGGAGGGUGGAGCUAAGACGCGGGAAAGGAAGCGAGAAAAAGGAAACGAGGGUGCACAAAUAAGAAUUGAGAAGCACCCAUUGCCAUCAUAUAUACUGUAAGAAAACUGGAGAACUGGUGUGAAACAAGUGAAGCAAAGGACAGAUAUCAGUACGUGUUUAAAGUUUAAUGAAAACAAACUUUCCACACCCUUACAGAAGCCUUGCAGCCUCACAGUACAGACUUGAACAGAGUUUAGAUAAGAGAAGCAAACUGCAUUCUUUAUACAGCGCUUUGAGUGGUCUUCUUAAAAACAUGAGCAGCAGGUAUAUGCCUUUAAGAAGUGCACUGGUAUUCUUCUGCAUACUUGUGCAACUGCACUGGAGCCAUGAACAGGGCUGUGAAAUGGGUGAAGAAUACAAAAACAAAGAUGUGUACGACAGAACCGUGACAGCAGUCCCAGAAAAGCUGAAGGAUGGAGCUGUUGAAGUAUAUUUUGUAGGCAGUCAGAUUAAUACCAUACCAAAAGGGUCUUUUUCUAAAAACCCUCAGUUAAAAAAAAUUGAAUUUUUAGGAACCUCAACUCAGUCUGUAGAGAUUGGAGCCUUUGAGGGUUUACCUGAUAUCACGGCCAUCGAGAUAUCUGGCACCGAAGUGACAUCAUUACCUGUGGGUGUUUUUAAAGAUCUCAUCAACCUUACAAAACUUACUUUAAAAACUAACAAAAUCCAGAGCCUUGAAAAAGGGUUAUUUGACGAUUUAAAAAAACUUGAACAAUUGGGUCUACAUAUGAAUGACAUCACAUCCAUUGAGGAGGGGGUAUUCGACAAUUUGGAGAAUCUCAAAAUGCUUCAUCUCGGAAAGAACAACCUUAGCUCUGUAUCAACAUCUCUCUUUUCAAAACUUAAGAACCUGCAGACUUUCAGGAUUUAUGAGAACCAGCUGACUGCUAUUCCUGAUGGGAUUUUUGAUAAUUUCCCUGAUCUGAAAGAAAUUGGUUUGUAUGGCAACAAAAUCUCAUCUAUACAACCAAAUUUGUUUCCACACAAAAGUAAAUUAUUAACCCUAACUUUGGACAGUAAUCUUUUAUCUGAACUACCAGAAAAUCUUUUUGUUGGUUUUCCUGCACUAAAGACUCUAACUCUGCAUAACAAUCAACUCACCAGCCUCCCCAAUGUCCUCUUCGGAGAAAUGCCGAAAUUAACAGAUCUGAACCUUAACCAGAAUAAUCUUUCUUAUAUACCAACUGGAGUUUUCAGUCCACUGAAGAAGGUGAGAAAGUUAGAUCUCUCCUCAAACCAGUUUUUGAGUUUAUCUGGAGACUCUUUUGAAGGUCUCGAACAACUGUCUGAACUUAAUCUUCGAAACAACUUCAUACAAUCAUUAAAAGCUGAUGACUUUGAGAAAAUUCAGUCUCUUACUAACCUCAAACUAGAAAAUAACAAUCUACGAAUCCUUCCUGGAGAUGUUUUUCAAAAUCUUCCGAAACUCAGUAGUGUUUACCUGAAUGAUAACCCGUGGCAAUGUGACUGUGACCUGUUGCCUUUCUUUGAAUGGAUGAUAGACAAUAAACAAAAGAUCAAGUCAAGAUCUCCAGUACUUUGUGAGUCCCCUAUAGAUAUGCAAAAUCUAACUAUCUUGGAUUUAAAAGAAGAACAAUUGAUAUGUCGCACAACAACUGAAUACGUUUCCACUACCAUGACUACCACCACAUUGCUACCAAAAACAAACUUUCCACACAUUUACAGAAGCCUUGCAGCCUCACAGAAAAUACAUGGACAGAGUUUAGAUAAGAGAAGCAAGCUGCGUUCUUUAUACAGCGCUUUGAGUGGUCUUAUUAAAAACAUGAGCAGCAGGUAUAUGCCUUUAAGAAGUGCACUGGUAUUCAUCUGCAUACUUGUGCAACUCCACUGGAGCCAUGAACAGGGCUGUGAAAUGGGUGAAGAAUGCAAAAACAAAGAUGUGUACGACAAAAGCGUGACAGCAAUACCAGAAAAGCUGAAGGAUGGAGCUCAUGAAGUAUAUUUUGUAGGCAGUCAGAUUAAUACCAUACCAAAAGGGUCUUUUUCUAAAAACCCUCAGUUAAAAAAAAUUGAAUUUUUAGGAACCUCAACUCAGUCUGUAGAGAUUGGAGCCUUUGAGGGUUUACCUGAUAUCACGGCCAUCGAGAUAUCUGGCACCGAAGUGACAUCAUUACCUGUGGGUGUUUUUAAAGAUCUCAUCAACCUUACAAAACUUACUUUAAAAACUAACAAAAUCCAGAGCCUUGAAAAAGGGUUAUUUGACGAUUUAAAAAAACUUGAACAAUUGGGUCUACAUAUGAAUGACAUCACAUCCAUUGAGGAGGGGGUAUUCGACAAUUUGGAGAAUCUCAAAAUGCUUCAUCUCGGAAAGAACAACCUUAGCUCUGUAUCAACAUCUCUCUUUUCAAAACUUAAGAACCUGCAGACUUUCAGGAUUUAUGAGAACCAGCUGACUGCUAUUCCUGAUGGGAUUUUUGAUAAUUUCCCUGAUCUGAAAGAAAUUGGUUUGUAUGGCAACAAAAUCUCAUCUAUACAACCAAAUUUGUUUCCACACAAAAGUAAAUUAUUAACCCUAACUUUGGACAGUAAUCUUUUAUCUGAACUACCAGAAAAUCUUUUUGUUGGUUUUCCUGCACUAAAGACUCUAACUCUGCAUAACAACCAACUCACCAGCCUCCCAAAUGUCCUCUUUGGAGAAAUGCCGAAAUUAACAGAUCUGAACCUUAGCCAGAAUAAUCUUUCUUAUCUACCAACCGGAGUCUUCAGUCCACUGAAGAGGGUGAGAAAGUUAGAUCUCUCCUCAAACCAGUUUUUGAGUUUAUCUGGAGAAUUUUUUGAAGGUCUCGAGAAACUGUCUGAACUUAAUCUUCGAAACAACUUCAUACAAUCAUUAAAAGCUGAGGACUUUGAGAAAAUUCAGUCUCUUACUAACCUCAAACUAGAAAAUAACAGUCUACGAAUCCUUCCUGGAGAUGUUUUUCAAAAUCUUCCAAAACUCAGUAAAGUUUACCUGAACGAUAACCAAUGGCAAUGUGACUGUGACCUGUUGCCUUUCUUUGAAUGGAUGAUAGACAAUAAAGAAAAGAUCAAGUCGAGAUCUCCAGAAGUUUGUGAGUCACCUAUAGAUAUGCAAAAUCUAACUAUAUUGGAUUUAAAAGAAGAACAAUUGAUAUGUCGCACAACAACCAAAUACGUUACCACUACCAUGACCACCACAUUGCCUACAACUUUAUUGACAACAACAUUAACAACAGUUGCACAUACUACAACAACUUUAACAACAGCUCCACCUACGACAACAACAUUAACAACAGUUGCACAUACUACAACAACUUUAACAACAGCUCCACCUACGACAACAACAUUAACAACAGUUGCACCUACAACAACAACUUUAACAACAGCUCCGCCUACGACAACAACAUUAACAACAAUUGCACCUACAACAACUACACCAACAACCAUUCCGAAAACCACGGCAACACCACGGACCACCGCAGUCAUCACCACCGCACCAACUACUCAACUCACAACUUCACUGCCUACCACGGUCACUACAACAAAAUCUCCAACCACUACGCCAGCCCCCACAACUGCAUUAACAACUACAAAACAACCGAUACAACGCUUCUCAUUAUGCAAGGCUCUUCUGAUAUAUAACUCAAUAAUGAUCAUGAUUUUAAUCUGCUGUACGGUGGUGCUGGCUAAAUAUACAUAUUCACUAUACUGCUCUCAGCAGAACAGAGCCAGACUCUACAACCAAGUAAAACUGACCCAUUUCUCCUAUACUAAAUCUAUAAUACUAGUGGAUGAGGCAGAGACUGUAGCUCUGUGAGGAGUUUUUUAAAGUUAACUCCUGUCUCUGCUGAUAAGAAUGCACUUUUUGACAUGAUGAGAAUUUCACAGGACGAUAGUCUGGACUACAGAAAUGCUUUAAGCCAGUGCCUGAACUGUUAAAACUAACUUUGCAUAUUAGUUUUAACACUCCCACUUAUUCUGAAGUUUUCUACAAAUGUAUGUAUUCAUCUACUAUCUGGUCAGUAGUAAGCAGUGCCUGGUAGUACCAUUGCAGAAAGAUGAAAGUGCACUGAUGUUUACUCUUAAGGGUCAUUUUAUAACGAUAAUUAUAACGUUAGCUAACGAUAAAUAUAUGAGCGUUCACACCACCGGAAGAUAAUGAUAACUUUAUGCUGAUAUACUCUAAUAAAACAUGUACCUUUAAUGGCAUUAACUAAUACAUAAUAUGCAUAUUUCCAGUAAUAAAAAGUUUUGCUAUUGUUAACAUGUCAUUGAAUGUGUAAAUAUGCUGUUGUUGCAUCUACACAGCAGGUAACCAGCAGAACACGCUGCAUUUUGCGUAACUCUAAACAGUGAAUCUAAUAGUUUGUGUAAUAUAAUUACCUUUUGGGUAGUUAAUAUAGUGGAAUAAAAAGCAUCGCAUAGUCAAUUUUACAGCAACUGCAUCAGCGCUGGAUAUCUAAGGUAAAUUUAUGUUAUGGACCUCAGCAAUGAGCUUCUCCACAGUGUCAUCUGUCAUGCAAAUGCGCGUGCACUUUAGAUUCAAGUAGAUUUCAAGUAGAUUCAUCGUUCAUCAGUUGAAAAAAUCGUUUA